UUCCCCUUGGGAUUAAUAAAGUAUCUAUCUAUCUAUCUAUCUAUCUAUCUAUCUAUCUAUCUAUCUAUCUAUCUAUAGGACUACAACCUUGGUUACAUAGGCGACCAAAUGCAGAGAAGGCAAUCAGAGGCAGUCUCCUCAGUCACAGAGGAGAUUAUCCUUUCAAUGUAGGGGAGCAGAGAGUUGUUUCCCCUUUCUUCCUGAAGGGAACGGACGACUUUCUUUUCUGUAUUAGGAGCAGUAGGAUACCAGUCAUAUAGCAGAGAUAAUGUGUUCAUCGUUGGGAUUUUCUAUAGUGAAUCCAGAGAAAAGCUCCAUAUAAACUUCAUGCUUGGUAUCAUAAUCUAAAUGAGGUCACUGCAGUAUCUGACACUAGCAAGUAAAGGUCGUAUGCAGCAGGUCAAAGAGUACACGAUUUAAAACAUGAAGCAGGGCAGCCUAUGGAUGAUGCAUUUAACAUUUGUCGGAGCCAUGAGCGCCGUUGUCCAGGUCACCCAGUCUCCGACAUUUCUGUCCUUGCAGUGAUCCCCAGUCUGCAUCUCCAAUCUAAUUUGUCAUCUAACAACUCGGAGCUCCUAAUUCUGACUUGCACCGCUCUGGGUUUCUACCCUUCCCGUAUCAUCCUUUCCUGGCACCAUUCUCUCCCUGGGGUACCCCAUACCACCUCUCAGGAAGCGUCCAGACUUGUGCCGGAUGGCACCUACAGCAGCAGCUCCACCCUUCAAGUCAAUACUUCAUUGUGGUUACCGGGCACAAAGAUCGGGUGUGAAGCAACUCACACGUCAAUGGCAAGGCCACUGAAGAAAUACAUUAGGAAUUCAGUUGAGAAAAUUAAUGCAGUGAAGAAAUACUGGUAUUCAUUAGCUUUUCUUGUUUUUCCUGUAAUUCUGGGCGGCAUUUAUUUACUUCUGAUCUUCUCCAGAAGUUCUGCAGCAACAGCAUUUGGGCAUCCCACUCAAGAUGGGAAUCAUAAGACGUUCCAGCCAGAACCUUCAGAAUGCAUACAUGAAGAGGGAAAGGAAAUGGAGAAUGAGCUGCAGUAUUCCACUUUCUUCCAUAAGAAUCUAAAGAAAUACGCUUCUUCUCAAAAUGAAAAUGAUUUCAAGUGUAUAUACUCAGAUGUGAAGAUGAAAGAGGGCGGCUUAACAGAAUGUAAACAAGGGGUAGACUAUGCUGUUCUGGAUAUUUGUGAGACCCCAAAUGUCAUCACAAAGAAAAGUCUAUAAUUCACUAUAUAUUCACCAAUAGAUAGAUAGAUAGAUAGAUAGAUAGAUAGAUAGAUAGAUAGAUAGAUAGAUAGAUAGAUAGAUAGAUAGAUAGAUAGAUAGAGCUUUAUUUAUCUCCAGGGGGAAAGUUGUUAUUUUAAAGAAGCACAAUAAAUAAAUAAAUAUUCACACA